UCUGCAUUAGCCAAACAGGGGAGAGUGUGCCAAGUUUUAACAAUGGGCAGAGUGUGUAUUUAGCAGUAAGCAAACUGUGCAGUUGAGUCACAAGUAUGCUCAGACCGGGGCACAUCCCUCACAUCCGUGUGUGGACGCUCACAGGGAACGCCUUUUUCCUCCAACCAGCCUUUUCUGACAGAAGCCACUGCGAGGAGCUCAGAGCCGAGGAGGGUGGUGCCAAGUUACAAGCAGGCUGACUUUAGUGCUGCGUGGCUGUUCUCUGAAAGCAAGAGCUAAAUCUAAUCUUCCUGGACCGCCGUGCACAGCCGUAGAUUCGUUUUUGCACACUUCAGUGUUUUCAAGGAUUGCUGGGUUGCUCUGGGGCAUUGUUUGGCCCAUGCGGAGUUGACUGUGGGGAGACUUUUGGGAAGGCGGAACAAGGACUCUGUAACUGAACACCAAAUCCACAGCCUAGAAAAAGUUCACGGCACCGGUUCAUCAAGGUCACCACUAUGACUGAUGGGGACUACGACUAUCUGAUCAAACUCCUGGCCCUCGGAGAUUCUGGGGUGGGGAAAACAACAUUCUUGUACCGAUACACGGAUAACAAAUUCAACCCAAAGUUCAUCACAACAGUAGGAAUUGACUUCCGGGAAAAACGUGUGGUAUACAACAGCCGGGGGUCAAAUGGAUCUCCUGGGAAAGCCUUCAAGGUUCAUCUGCAGCUGUGGGACACAGCUGGGCAGGAAAGAUUCAGAAGUCUAACAACAGCUUUCUUCAGAGAUGCCAUGGGUUUCUUGUUAAUGUUUGAUCUCACCAGUCAACAGAGUUUCCUAAAUGUCAGAAACUGGAUGAGUCAACUACAAGCAAAUGCUUAUUGUGAGAACCCAGAUAUAGUAUUAAUUGGAAACAAAGCUGACCUUUCAGAUCAGAGAGAGGUCAAUGACAGACAAGCAAAAGAUCUUGCAGACAAAUAUGGCAUCCCAUACUUUGAAACAAGUGCAGCUACUGGUCAGAAUGUGGACCAGGCGGUGGAGAUGCUGUUGGACUUGAUAAUGAAGCGUAUGGAGCAGUGCGUUGAGAAGACUCAAGUCUCUGAUACGAUGAAUGGAGGAAAUUCAGGAAAACUGGCAUCAGAAAAAUCAGAGGAGAAGAAGUGUGCAUGUUGACUUGCUACCCUUGAACUGAGGAGAACAAACAAGAAAUUGUCAAAUCAAAAAAUAGCAGACCGACACAACACUUAAAUCCAACUCUGGAAGCUCCCUUGGGCCACGUGGAGAGCUGUUGUUUUUCUUAAGCAAGCCUGAUUUGUUUCAAUGCUGAGGAAGUCAUGCUUCUGUGUUUGAACAGGUGCUCCUUUUACAGUGCCAUCUUCAGAGAGAACCCAAAGGACCCCGUCUUCUCGAUACAGUUAGUCUAGUAAAUUGAGGAAAUAAUUGUUUGCAGGAGUGGAUUGUCGAAAAUGACAGGAGAUAGAUUUGUGACCUGAAAGGAGAGGGGGGUCAUCCUUAUACACCUGCACCAUCGUCCCUACUCUUGUUGCCUUCACUUACAGUGUGCUUUAUCCAUCUGCUAAAAACAACUGAGAAAAAUUAGAAGGGUAUGUAUUGUGGCUUUUCAUCGGUGUCUUCAUGUUUUUUUUAAUACUGAGUAGUACCGAUGUAGUGACGUUCAGCUGCCUGAGCUCCUGAUGAACUCAGGCAGUAGCAUUCUGAUUUAGAAUCAUCAAGGACCUGCGAAGCAACACAGCUCAGUCACUGAGGGGAGUAGAGGGAUGUGGGCUAGGGGAGAGAGAGGUCCAAAAAUUGUGAUACAGUGUUGGAAAGGAACCAGCGCCCACUGUAAUGAAGGUUUCACUCUAAAGUUUAGAAAGAAAUGAAAAAGCCCUGCCCUCCCUUUGAACACCCAGGUCCAGCUCAUAGGCUUCCCAACAAUAUGUGUCAAGGGAUCCAUACGUUUUGCUCUGUGACUUUAGCCUUGUGAUGUUUUAUUGCAGCGCCCUUUCUGUACCGGAGAAAACGAGCUAACAGAAAUACCAUUCCAUGUGAAUACGUUAGCUUUUCUAAUUAGUGUUUUUUCCUCACAGUCAUGAUUUUAUUUCCAUAUUUAUUUUACAAGUGGGUCACAUCAUAGAUGUGGAACCGCAGGGUGUUGGCAAAGCCAAACCAAAAGCAAAACCUUGAUUGAAUAAAUAAUGGAUGGAUGGCAUCAAAA